AUGGCCAGCCCGGCCAAGAAACGUAAACUCAACUCCGACACCAAGAAAGGUUCUGCUCCCGCGAAAGGCCUCGAGUACUUCUUUGCCAAACAGAAACAGAAUGGCGCUCCAAAGCCGUCAUCAUCCAGCCAAGCCAGUGGUUCGCGUGCUGAAGAGCCAGAAGGCAAACUCACGGACGAGGAGCUUGCCCGCAAGCUUCAGGCCGAAUGGAAUGCAGAACCAGUUACCACUCCCCGUGGUGAUGACAUGAAGCCGGGGGCUGCGAAGGAAGGAUCCCCAAGCGAAGAACGGAUGGAGCCCGAGUCGACGUCGAGCUCUCAGCUCGUGCAGAUUGAGCCUUCUUUGGCCAAUCCGGGGCCCAGUGUCACUCAUACGCUGUCCCUGUCUUCUGUCGCCGCAACAGAUGACAAGGCUGCCUCGCUGAUCCCGCUGGACGAGAGUCCGCUCACCUUUAACCCGUCCAAAUACAUCGCCGAGCUGCAAGAGUCGUGGGCUGGCGACGGUGGGGAUGCAUCUUAUGCCCUUCUUACACGCUGUUUCGUCCUGGUCAAUGGCACACAAAGCCGCAUCAAGAUCGUGGACACGCUUGUGAACUGCAUUCGAGUGUUGAUCGAAGGAGACCCGUCGAGUCUACUUCCGGCGGUGUGGCUAGCAACCAAUGCCAUUUCGCCGCCUUAUAGCUCCAUGGAGCUCGGACUGGGCGGAUCCGCAAUCUCAAAAGCCCUCAAACAGGUCUGCGGGUUGGACAACAGGUCGCUCAAGGCCAUCUACGACAAGCUUGGUGAUCCUGGUGACGUCGCCUUCGAGGCCAAGAAGAAGCAGAGUUUUACCCUGCGGAAGCCAAAACCACUGACCAUCAAGGGAGUCUUCCAGUCGCUUGCCAAGAUAGCCAAGACACAGGGCCAGGGCAGUGGGGAUGUGAAGCAGCGCAUUGUAGACCGACUCUUGCAAGACGCGCGAGGAGGGGAGGAGAGUAGGUACAUUGUGAGGACGCUAUGUCAGCAUUUGCGUAUUGGGGCUGUCAAGACGACCAUGCUCAUCGCUCUAUCCCGUGCUUUCCUGUUGUCAAAACCGCCAGGUGCCGAGUUUCCUACAAGAAACCCACAGGAGUUGGCCAAGCUCAAGAAAGAAGAACUUGCCGAGGUCUGGGCAAAACCCGAGGAAAUCUUAAAGGCAUGUUUUGCCAGGCAUCCGGACUACAAUGACCUGGUUCCGGUGCUGCUCGAGAUUGGCAUCUCCGACGAGCUUCUGGUCCGUUGCGGCCUCACGCUACACAUCCCCCUCCGCCCCAUGCUGGGAAGCAUCACAAGAGACUUAUCUGAGAUGCUCACUAAGCUUCAAGGCCGCGAUUUCACGUGCGAGUACAAGUAUGACGGGCAACGCGCCCAGGUGCAUUGCGAUGCGAAGGGCAAGGUCUCCAUUUUCUCGAGACACCUGGAAUUAAUGACGGACAAGUAUCCUGACCUCGUGGCCCUCGUCCCUAAAAUCAGGGGCGAGGGUGUCGAGAGCUUCAUCAUGGAAGGCGAGGUCGUAGCCAUGGACCAGGCCACUGGCGAUCUAAAAACCUUUCAGACCCUCACAAACCGCGCCCGCAAGGAUGUUGCCAUCGGGAGCAUUACCAUCGAUGUUUGCCUCUUCGCAUUUGACCUCAUGUAUCUCAAUGGCCAGCCGCUGCUAGACCGUUCCUUCAGAGAUAGGCGAGACAUGUUGAAGUCGUUGUUCAUGGAGGUACCAUACCGCUUCACUUGGGUCAAGAACCUCGACGCGACAUCAAACGAUGCCGAAGCCGUCCUCGAGUUCUUCAAGUCAGCCACCGAAAACAAGUGCGAAGGUAUCAUGGUCAAGAUUCUUGACAACAUAUCUGUGGUGGAAUAUGGCGGCGAUGUCAUGGAACCGGCUGGCGAGGAGUCCGCCGCGAAAAAGCUCGUUGCUGCAGCAAAGAAAGCCAAGGGCAAGGGAAAAGGUAAAGCCAAGGCUGAGACAGAAAAUGGUGCAUCAGAACCAAAGUCUUCCCGCCGCAAGCCGCUUCUCGCAACCUACGAGCCCGACAAACGCCUAGAUUCGUGGUUGAAAGUCAAGAAGGACUACCACGCGAGCUUCGACACGCUCGAUCUAAUUCCCAUUGCUGGCUGGCACGGCCAAGGUCGCAAGGCCAAGUGGUGGUCCCCAAUCCUCUUGGCAGUCCGCAACGAGGAGACUGGGUCUCUCGAAGCCGUAUGCAAAUGCAUAUCAGGAUUCACGGAUGCGUUUUACAAGGCGAACAAGGAGUUCUACGACGACGGCGAGAACGGGGAACCAAAUAAUACGCAUCUCAAGAAACCAAGCUACGUCGAGUAUACUGGCGGCCACCCCGAUGUUUGGUUCGAGCCGCAGGAGGUCUGGGAGAUGGCCUUUGCGGACAUCACCAUUAGCCCCACUUACACGGCAGCAAUUGGGCUGGUUCAGGAGGACAAGGGCUUGAGCCUCCGCUUCCCGCGAUUCAUGAAGAAGCGAGAAGACAAGGGAAUUGAUGAGGCCAGCACAAACCAAUUUCUGGCGGGCUUGUGGAGGAAGCAAGAGACAAAAGCGCCCGCGGCAGGCAAGGAUGCGGCAGUAAAUGGAGAGAUCGACAUGGAUGAGGAUGAUUUUUAG